CGCGGCCACAGCUUGGAGUGAUAAUUUUCGCUAAAAAGUUCGCUUGUUCGCUUUCCCUCAUUUUGCUGGAAACAAGCGGCCAAAAUGACGGGAACGCAGCAGUAUUCCCUGAGGUGGAAUGAUUACGCUACGUACAUUACGGGCGCCUUCGACGCACUGCGCUACGAGGAGGAUCUGGUCGAUGUAACGCUCCUUUGUGAAGGACGAAAAAUCCGCGCCCACAAGGUGGUGCUGUCCGCAUGCAGUAUCUACUUUAAGGAUAUCUUCAAAGAGAACCCUGCCCAGCAUCCGGUGAUUAUUUUCAAAAAUGUUAAACACACCGACCUUAUGUCGUUGGUGGAGUUCAUGUAUCAGGGCGAAGUGAGUGUCCUGCCGGAUUCGCUACCCUCCUUUCUGCAAACUGCCGAGAUGCUGUCGAUCCGCGGUCUGGCUGAUUCGAGUGGUGACCAGCAACAUCAGCAGCAUGCGACACACCAUCACCAUAUUCCCAGCACACCAUCCUCCUCCUCGUUGAGUCAACAAAUUCUGCAAUCUCAGCCCCAGCAGAAUCUGGCAGCUAGUGCAACAAUAACGUCCGAACCCGUGUACUUUACCUUACCGUCAAGUUCUACUAUCGUACCGCAGAUUAAGAUAGAGCCGCAGUCUUCUACAUUAGCAACCCUGCAUACCCCUGGACAUGUGGUGAACAAAAUCACGCUUAAAAGUACAGAUGUUAGCAUUCCAAUCGCGCAACCACAACAGCAGCAACAACAGCAGCAACAACAGCAACAGCAGCAUCAGCAACAACAGCAACAGCAACAGCAGCAUCAGCAACAGCAGCAACAACAACAGCAACAACAGCAACAACAGCAGCAACAGCAUGUCACAAAGAUUCAACUAAAGACUCAACCUACCCCGGUCACCGUUGCACAGCGCACUGUCGUUGCUACGCAGCCCCAAACCCAGAUAGUAACCGAACAAGCGAACAACCAGGCGAACACGCUGCAGGAGCUAGUGGAUAGCGUGGUGACGGUUCAAGGCGUGAAAAAGGUGAAGCGCCUGGUGAAAGCAAAACCGCUGCCAGUGAAACAAACUGUGGCAGCCACGGGAAUCACUCCGGUGGUGCCAAGUCAAUCGGACAACGGACUAGCACUGUACACCGGCCAGAGUGGGAACGACCAAGUAACGGCCUACACGGAUUCCACCAACAACGAUGUAAAAAUUCAAAUAUCCGGGUACAUCAACGUUGCCGAGGGAAUCAAUCCCAGUAGCGGCGAUAGCGGUACCUACACGCAGCAGGAAGGCUUCGAAAUGGUGGACGAAAAUAUACCGGAUGGUCAGGAAACGGACGAACGGAUGGGUCAGAACGGCUUCGAGAUGGAAAUUGUCGAUAUGGAUGUGAACGGAAUGUUCCAAGAUGAAACGGGUGAAGAAACGACGAAAGCGGAUAUUAUAGACGCAAUUAUCAGCGGUCGUUCGAAGGAUGAGAAGAAGUUCAAAUGCAAAGAAUGUGACAAAGCGUUUGUUACAUGGAAGUCGUUGGCCAUGCAUAGGCAUAUUCAUAGCGGAAAUACCAAGUGCAAAAUCUGCGGUGCUGUCCUGUCGCGUACGGCCAAUCUUAAGAGGCACAUGAAGCUCAAACAUGAACCAUAGAUAGUAUUAAGGAGAUAGCGUGGCACGAUUGGCACAUUUGUAUGAGGAUGGUUUCCCUUGAAAGAUGUCCUCUUUACUGUUGUUUAUGUGUGUGUGUUGUAUGUGUUGCGUGCGUGUGUUUGAAUAUACUCAUUAUGAAAUAGUAUUCUAGCGCCGUAAUUGUAAACUAGUAGGACGAACUGGAAAACAAAAUAAUAGCAUGGCGCAAUCAUAUUUAUUGGUGAACGAUUCACACUUUGACCUUAAAUUUGUAAAUAUCAAACCUUUCCGUUAAAGUUAGUCAACGGGAUUUAUUGCUUGACCAGGCCGGAUACAAUUGGGACACUCUUUUUUUUACUAUGCUAGUGAAAGGAGUUGAUGUUAAAUGUAGCAAUCAUUUAAUCGAGAGGCAUCUUUAAUCAAAGUAAGAACUUCUAUUGCGAUCGAUUGUUUAUGCAUUAUAAUAUAGGUGAAUAAAGCUAAGAAAACAAAAAUAAAUGUCUUCUGUAAAUAAUUUUGGCAAUGAAAACUCGUUCAAUCGAGCAUAGUAAGCAGUAUGAUUGUAAAACUAUUAUAUAGCCUUAUAUAUAGUUAGCCUUCGUCCGUCGAAUAACAAUAUCCGAAUGAAGAACAAUCAACGCAUUCAGCCAAAUUAUUUCAGUUGAAAUAGCCACUUUAGAAACAAAGCGCUCUGGGUGAAUGGAGUGGCCAUGAGCAUCAUAGCUAAGCAUCAUGCAUCGAAUACAAAUAAA